AUGGCUUCUAAUUAUCCUGGCAGUAACUUUUCCGGGCCGCCUCCGUCAGCUGCCACAGGAGGGAGCUCGCAAGCCCAGCAGGAUCCCUUUGCCGCUGCAGCAGCCAUCGCGGCUAAGACAGCGGCGUCUCUAUCGAAUCAACUUGGUGGGAAGGUUGUGGAGCAGGGAGGACCAUCGUUUGGAUCCGGAGGAUACGGUGGCCAGUAUGGUGACAGAGCAGCUGAAGACCGAAGACAACUGUUCGUUGGUGGUAUACCAGAGGGUAUCACCGACGACGGCUUCCAUCAGUAUUUCUCACAAUUUGGUCAUGUGGAGAGAGCAAUCGUCAUGACGGAUAAGAUGACCGGUCGUUGCCGAGGAUUUGGCUUCGUAACGUACUCUACUACGGACGAGGUGGAGGUAGUAAUUAUGAAAGGAGGCCCACAUCAACUGAACGGAAAGCGGGUCGAUGUGAAUCGGUCUCAAGAUCCUAAGGACCCUCAUAGAGGAGGCUGGGGUUCUGAUAGAUCUGGCGGCCCUUCCCGACGUGGCGGUGACGACCCGAUGAAGGUGUUCUGUGGAGGUCUUCAAUCAACCCUUUCUUCAGAGCGUCUCCGUCAGCAUUUCUCCCAAUACGGCAACAUCGUCGAUUGCAUUGCUAUGCGGGACCGAGACACUGGACGAUCGAAAGGGUAUGGUUUCGUGACGUUUGAUUCAGAAGAUGCCGUCGCUGCUGCUAUCAAUGGCAACAAUAUGAUAGAUGGUCGCUGGGUGAGAACGUCGAGGUUCGGAACUCUCAACGGCAUGGAGGCUCGGAUGGAGGGGGUAAAGGGAGAGGCAGAGGCUGGGAGUCUCCCGAGUCUCAAGGUUAUGGUGAUGCCUAUACUCAAGCUGCGAUGCAGCAGGGAUGGGCAGGACUGGCGGCCCAACAAGCGUACUGGGAUAAAGGCUCAGCAGCAGGGAGGACAAGCCGGCCAGAUGACCGACCCGUGA